AUGAUUUGUUCAGGAAGAAUUUUAGCAGUUUCGUAUUCAAAGUCACCGAUUAAUUCAUCGAAUCCACGCUUCUCCACCUCCAGAUUUCUUCCGGUAAAGCUAAAAUCUCAUGUCAAAUGGAAAGUCAUGGCAUCAGACCCCGACGCAUCUACGUUUGCUUCUUCCAUUGAUUCUGACACAUCGACUGAUAAAAACUCUUCUGCGUUUUGUAUAAUAGAAGGGCCGGAGAUGGUUAAGGAUUUCGCAAAAAUGGAAUUACAGGAAAUUCAGGAUAAUAUUAGGAGUCGUCGAAAUAAAAUCUUUUUGCACAUGGAAGAGGUUCGUAGGCUGAGAAUACAACAAAGAAUUAAAAAUACGGAGCUUGGUAUUCUGAAGGAAGAACAAGAAAAUGAGCUUCCUAAUUUCCCCUCCUUCAUUCCAUUUUUACCUCCUUUGACCUCUGCGAAUCUUAAACAAUAUUAUGCAACUUGUUUCUCUCUUAUUGCUGGCAUAAUGCUUUUUGGUGGUCUUCUAGCACCUACUCUUGAGCUGAAACUGGGAUUAGGAGAUUUCCCUGCAGUUUAUCAGUGA